AUGCGCGCUAUUUUGAUACUUUGCCUUAUCGCAGUGGCACGUGGUCAGUACGAUUACACGCCUGGUGCUAAUGCUGGUGAUGGAAACGGUGGUCUGAUUUCUGGUGGUGGCGGCAGUCUCGUUCAGAGCGGCUCGGGCUCAUUGUCUGAGCCCAUACUCAUUGCGAAUGAGUUCAACAAGGAGUUCUACAGCUACAGUGCACCCGAGCAGGAGUUCGAUAAUGGGCACGCCCACGACCAGAUUGCCAAUUCGCUGAAGAAAAAUCUGCGUGUGCUCUUUAUCAAAGGACCUGAGAACUCUGGGCUGGAGCAAGCAGCUCUCCAACUGGCCAGUUCUGCCGUGGACGACCGCACGGCCAUAUAUGUGCUCAACAAGCAGGCCGACAUUGGCGACCUCACCAGCAAGCUCAACCAGAUUAAACAGCAGGCAAGCCAUAAGCCCGAGGUGCACUUCGUCAAAUAUCGCACUCAGGGCGAUGCGGAGAAUGCUCAGCGCACAAUUCAGGCGCAAUACGACUCUCUUCCGGGUCCCUCGAGCAACCAUAAUGCGGGUUCUUCGGCUGCAGUGCUGGAUUUUGCCACAAAAGGCGUCACCACAGGCGACUUGAAUGCACCAUCAAAUAACGCGUAUUUGCCACCCAGCCGUAGGUUUGCUUUGUAA